UUAUGAAAUACGUCCGCGAAGGCUUGCAGUUAAAGGACUGUCCUGCAGUAGACCUGCGAUAGAAGGAAAACAGUAUAAUAAUAAUAAUCAUCAUAAUGAGUCUUUACAGGAAUGCCGUGUGGUUUGUGAAAGGGUUGCAGGAAUAUACCAAAGCUGGCUAUGAGUAUGCUUCAAAACAUUUUGUACCAGGAGAUCUAGACGUCAAUGUAACAGGCAGAUGUUUCAUGGUAACUGGUGCUAAUAGUGGAAUUGGAAAAGCUACAGCAACAGAGCUUGCAAAAAGAGGUGGAACAGUUCAUCUUGUGUGUAGAAAUAAAGAUAGGGGCGAAGAAGCAAAGAAGGAAAUUAUAAAAUCAACUAACAAUGAGAAUAUCCAUGUUCAUAUACUGGAUAUGUCCAAUCCAAGGAAGGUCUUAGAAUUUGCUGAAAAGUUUAAGAAAAAAUAUAAGCUGCAUGUUUUGGUUAACAACGCAGGCUGCAUGAUUAAUCAGAGAGAAUUGACUGAUGAUGGUCUAGAAAAGAAUUUUGCCACUAAUACUUUAGGAACUUAUAUACUAACUACUACUCUGAUACCUGUUUUGAAAAGUGCAGAAGAUGCCAGAGUGGUAACAGUUUCCUCAGGAGGGAUGCUUGUUCAGAAAUUGAAUGUUGAUGACUUGCAAUUUGAAAAAGGUCAAUUUGAUGGUACAAUGGCAUAUGCACAGAACAAAAGACAGCAAGUAAUCCUUACUGAGCACUGGGCAAAAAUGCACCCAGAGAUCCACUUUUCUGUGAUGCACCCAGGCUGGGCUGAUACUCCAGCUGUAAGGUCAUCAAUGCCUGACUUUUAUGAGAGGAUGAAGACAAAGUUACGUACAGAGGCUCAGGGAGCUGAUACAAUUAUAUGGCUGGCCAUCUCUCCUGCUACCAUCAAAGAAAAGAGUGGUCGUUUUUUCCAGGACAGAUGUCCAGUUUCCACGCACUUGCCUCUGGCAUUUACGCGAUCUUCAUCUGCAGAUGAACAGAAGUUAUUGAAAAUUUUGGAUGAACUUAUAGAGAGCUUCAGAUCUAAAAGUACUUAAUUUUUGCCUUAAUUUUGUCAAAUUUGACUAUCCACACUACACCCUGUGGUAACAGUGCAAUUUCUAUGUAAUUAAUUACAUAAUCUUUGAAUUUACAAUUUUGGACAUAUUUCUAACUAUUUUUAAAUUACUUUUUUAAUAACUAUGUUCCAUUUGUAUAUAAUUUGAAUGACUUUUCUGCUUAUUUGGUUUGUAACAGGAAUUAAAUUUGCUUUUUAUGUUGCAUAGUGUUUUGCUACUAAUAUUUACUUGCACUUGCUCUCUCCUGCAGCACUCCUGCAGUCUUUUUGGGUUUUUUUUAAUACAAUAUGGGCUAAUAGAAUCUUUACAUUUAUUUCCACAUAGGCAUUAAGCUUCUUGGCAAAUGUUACAUAAGCUAGUAAAAUUAUGAUAUACAGUAACAAUUGCAAAAAUGAAUUAAAAACAAUAUUGUUUAAGAGCUUUGAAUUUUUUUUUUCCCUGUGAUGGUUUCCAUGUACAAUACCUUUAUCACGAGAGAUGAGCUGUUUUUUUGUCUGUAUUUAUUUAAUGUUCAUACCAGUAUUGUUUCUGUUUUUACACAUAAUACUGCAUUUUGUGUGAUUAAAAAAAUAUAUAUAGUCCUAAAGAACACUUUUAGUGGUUUGAUUAAAUAAAAGCUCAGGAUAUAUCAUUUUAAAA